UAAUUUGGGCACUGCGAAACCCAUAUGAUAUAUUUUCAUCUUGAAUAAAUAAAUCCCAUCUGUACCUAACUGAAUGAAUGGACUUUACUAGUGACGGCCAAUGACAUCCCGGGGCUGAUCGUACCUUGACCCUCGGUGUAGCCCCUCGCCAAGACGAUCCCACGUCUCCGACCUCAUCCAAACACCGUAAAGUUACUCCGCCAUCAGAAUAGCUCCCUCCAUUCCAGUCGUCUUGCUCCUGAACUCACGCUUCACUAUGUCAAGAACAGCUGCUCUUUCCUCGUUCGUGGAGAGCGCCCCACCUGGCGAACUUGCGGAUGUUACCAAAGCCAUCCAAUCUAUCGUCGGCGACAGCGCUGUGGACUCCGAGCUCUCCCCCGCAUACCAAAAAUACAACGAAGACCAAUUCUCGACGACGAAACUUCCUGGUGGAGCCAGCGAAGCAUUGAUCAGCCCGUACAAUUCGUUGGAGGACAAUAGAUACUACGACGUGGAGAGCUCAAGCUCCUUCACGUACGACCACACGACCGGAAAGGCAAGUGAUGUGCGGAGUUACGUGUUGGAGAGCACCCAUGAGGAUACAAUAAAGAGUCUGGUCAAGAGCCUGGGAACCCACGCUUCAGAACACUACCCCAAAUCUAGCACGGGCGUCUUCCCCAUCGAAGACGAUUCCCAGAUCGCUAUCCUCACCGUCGCAAAUAAAUACUCACCCUCCAACUACUGGAACGGACGGUGGCGCUCCCAGUACAUCUACAACCCAACAUCUGGUAAAAUCUCUGGUGUCAUCAAGGUAGACGUGCACUACUACGAGGAUGGUAAUGUACGUCUCAUCACUAACAAGGAUGUCUCGACGUCGGUGAAUGCGAGUGCGAGUGCCGCGGAGGUUGUUAGGCAGAUUGCAAAUGCGGAGAAGAAGUACCAAGAGGAUUUAAACAAAGCAUUUGCGAGUCUGAGCGAGGGCGCAUUCAAGCAGUUGCGGAGGCAACUACCCAUCACAAGGCAGAAGAUCGAGUGGGAGAAAGUUAGUGGAUAUCGGUUGGGUCAAGACAUUGGUGGUGGUGGGCGGGCAAGAUAG